GCGGGAGAGAGGACCGAGGCGAGGAGCAACCCCUUAGUCUCCACCACAAUACGUCAUCAUUACAGUACUCUAAACGUUUAUUGUUUCCAGCGAAGACAAGAGACUGUUGUGUUUUUGCUAAACAAGUACUGAGUGGAGCUGCAAGCCCUGAAUAUUCUGUUUCGCAAAAGUUAUUCGUGUUGUACAUACUUUUUAUGUCGUAUGAAGACGUGCGGCGCAUUUCUCUCAGCUCCGUCCGGACGCCUUCAUACGACAUUGUACACAGGAAAUUGCAACACUUAUAAUACAAAACGUCACCUUUACCACAGUAAAGGCAGGACAACCUCAAAACCAAUCUCAAAUCCGUCCGUGGCGUAGCAUUAUGCUUCAUAACUCAUUUUCAGAGAGAGAGAAAUAUCGCAGAGAGUAAACAUGUUAAUGUUGUUGUUGCAUACGUUUGGCGAAUGUGGAGGGAGGUUUAUGAUUUAUACCUUCGUGCUGCUUUUUGUGAUCUUUGCGUGUUACUGCAUGUAUGUGAAAUACAUUCAUAUGAAAUAUGAUCAUAUACCGGGGCCACCUAGAGACAGCUUCCUGUUUGGACAUUCUCCCGCCAUAUUGAAGGCAAUGACAGAGGGUCUGGUUCAUGAUAAAUUCCUGGAAUGGCAUGAGAAGUAUGGACCAGUGUGUCGCUUCAACGGACUGCACUCUGUAUCUAUAACUGUGACAAGUCCAGAAGCCGCCAAGGAGUUCUUGAUGUCGCCGAAGUACCCCAAGAACCCUCAUGUAUAUAAACGGCUCUUCAGCUUUUUUGGGACAAGAUUUUUUGGAAAUGGCUUGAUUACGGACUCGGACCAUGAUCACUGGUACAAACAGCGCCGAAUUAUAGACCCAGCAUUCAACAGCUUGUACCUGCGUGGGAUGAUGGAUACCUUCAGUGAAGUUGCUGAGUAUCUGAUGGAAAAACUGGAGGAGAUGGCAGAGAGCCACACUUCUGCACACAUGCAUAACCUUCUCAACCGUGUCACCCUAAGUGUCAUUGCAAAGGUUGCCUUUGGGAUUGAUUUGAAUUUGCUGGAAACUGAGUCGCGCUUUCCCAAAGCCAUAGAGACAGUCUUGAAAGGAAUGGUUUACUGUCUUAGAGAUCCAAUGAUGCUGUUUAAGCCUUGGAAGUGGAAGUUUAUUAAAGAGGUAAAGGAUGCCAUAAAAUAUCUGCGUAAAACUGGGGAGAAGUGCAUCACAGAGAGAAAAAGAGCUAUGCGGAAUGGAGAAAGUGUGCCAAAAGAUAUCCUCACACAGAUCCUCAAAAGUGCAGAGCAAGAUCAGCAUGAUGAUCUUGAGCAAAUGUUGGACAACUUCCUUACGUUCUUCAUAGCAGGGCAAGAAACCACAGCAAAUCAGUUAUCUUUUGCAGUAAUGGAACUUGGAAGGCGCCCUGAGAUACUGAGAAAGCUCAGACAGGAGAUUGAUGAUGUUCUUGGCGCAAAGAAGAAUAUUGAGUACGAAGACCUGGGGAAGUUAACCUACUUGUCUCAGGUUUUGAAGGAGACACUCAGGCUAUACCCCACAGCUCCAGGAACAUCUCGAUGGAUUGCAGAAGACAUAGUGAUCGAUGGGAUUCAUGUUCCUGGAGGAGUCCAAGUUACUAUGAGCACUUAUGUGUCAGGGAGAAUGGAGGAAUUUUUCCCAGACCCUCUGAAGUUUGAUCCAGAAAGAUUUCAUCCUGAUGCUCCCAAGCCUUAUUUCACAUACUUUCCGUUUGCCCUGGGACCUCGCUCCUGCAUUGGAAAAACAUUUUCACAGAUGGAAGCAAAGGUGGUUCUGAGCAAGCUGGUGCAGAGGUUCGAGAUGCAGCUCAUCCCCGACCAAUCCUUUGACAUCAUGGACACAGGAACGCUGAGACCUCGGAGUGGUGUUGUGUGUAAUAUCCGAUCACGAAGUCUAGCAUCAGGCUAACUUGUAUACCCUGCCAGAAGGCACAUUCACACUUUCUGUCCUGAACACUAAGUAGAUUAUAGGAACAUUUAUGAAUUUACACAAAUUAAUAAUCACUCUGAAUUUUUAAUGAGAUAUUUGAAUAAUUCUUUAUCUUCAGCUUUUAACAUUUUAAAUGUAAUAUGUAAUAGUAUUUUCAGGUUUCCGCUAAAGAAGAAAAAACAGUAACGCUCAUGCUGAUGUGCUACUCAUUAUUUUCUGAAAUACCUGUAAUUUUUGGACAGACGUGUUUCAGCAAGAAGCCUUUGCCAGCAUACCCAUAUAUAGCGAAAACCAUGACAUAUUUACAUUUACAUUUAUUCAUUUAACCGACACUUUUGUUCAAUGCAACGUACAUCUCAGCAAAGCAAAUAUUUAUCAAGACUUCAUUUGCAGAAUGAUCAGGGUUGCAUUUUUCUAAAAUUUUAGUUAACUGGGUCAUCUGAAAAUGUCCAUUGUGUUCAGCUGCAAAAUGAUCAGAGUUCCAUCACGUGAGUGUAUUAGCCAAUAAGAACUAAGUAAUGGCUGUGCUAAUGAAGUAACAGUGUUUUGAUUUGAACUGAACUGAACUGAAUUGAAGGCUUUUGUUGUUACUGUACUGCUGUGCAAUAUAACGAAAUUACAGUUUCAGAUGAAAUUACAGACGUGACAGUAGAAUUUGAUAAGUGAAACACAUUUUUGUGUGUAUUCUGCUUGAAUAGCUUCAUAAUAUGUCUGGAAAUAGUAGUUCUGAUAAAUAUGAACAUCCAGUAGUAACUAAUAAGCCGAAGAAAAGAUAGAUAUUAGGAUUCAAGAGAAAAACAAAAGAAGCAACGGUUAUGUGGUCAUGUUGGUGAUGUUGACUGCUCGUUAUCAACUUUAAAAAGGGCUAUAUUACCAAGAAUGAGCAAGAUGCUUAUCUUGCUUCCCUAAGCUGUCAGAACAUUGCUUGACAUCGUUCUAGAAAGCAGUCUGAGGAGUGCCACUUGAAUGACUUCUCGUAUUCAUAUCAAGUUUAGGUUGUUGUGGUUGUUGAGUUGUUCCUAUUUUUGGUGUAACUAACAGGAGGCUUCAAGCAAUAAAACAUGCCAUUGCUGCAGCAGGAAAACCUCCAGUAGAUGGUCUAGGAAAACACCUAAACCCUAAAGUUUUGCCUAAGUCACUAUUGGACCAAGUCAGACAGCACAUUUCGUCACUGAGCGGUAGAAAGUGACACAACGCUAUUAGUAAAACGAAAUGUCUCUACUUCCCUGCUGACCUGAACACAGGCAAAUUGUGUCAGAUUUUUCAAGAGAAGUUUCCAGGUGCAGCAAAAUAAAGUCACAUAAGAAACUUACGGGAAAAUUUUCAAUAAUGAUGUCAGCAUAUUAUUUGGAUAUCCCAGGACAGAUACUUGCAGCCAGUGUGACCAGUUUAUCACUGAGAUGAGUGCCAUGGACUCAGAAUUAAAAAGGUUUUCUGAUUAUCAACAGAAGAAACAAUAACAGACUUAACAAAGAAGAGAUGAGAUUUGACUUUGCAGAAUGACAUACACAAGAAAAAGGCAGGGGUAUUCUAUAAACACAAGCGGGACACAAGUGUACAGAUUUUCAAAAAAAAAAAACCCCUGUCUCAAAUAUAUAUACCAAUGAUAUGUAUUACAAACAUCAACUGACUUGUAUCAUGUUCAAUAUCCAUGUUCUUUCAACCAAAUAAUAAUUUUUGCACUGCUAUGAUAAAACCAUGGCCAAAAAAGAGCAAAUGACUUAUGUUCCAUGCUGUGCAAUUUUUGUAAUGAACAUUGAACACAAGAAGUGAGGAAGCUUCAUAUAUUUUGCAGGCUGGAACAAGAACUUCACCAAAUUUCGAUUUUAUCAUUGCUUAGUGCAUGCAAAGAAACGGUUUCAGGGCAUUAUUAUGUCAUUUCCAACACGUUAUCAUCCGUACAUGAAGUGUGCUGAGAAUUUUGGUUUUCGGAAUCUU